GCGCCAUGAGGACCCCGCGCCGCGCCCCGUCCUCUCCACUGCUGCUGCUGCUCCUGCUGCUCGGGCUGCUGCUGCUCCUGCCGCCCUCGGGCGACACCGCUGUCAUCACUGGGGCUUGUGACAAGGACCCCCAAUGUGGGGGUGGCAUGUGCUGUGCUGUUAGUAUUUGGAUCAGAAGCCUCCGGAUGUGUACACCGAUGGGCAACAUGGGAGACAGCUGCCAUCCAUUGACUCGGAAAGUUCCAUUUUUUGGGAAGAAGAAGCAUCACACCUGUCCUUGCCUGCCUGGGUUGGCCUGUGUACGGACUACAUUUAACCGAUUUCGAUGUUUACCCAGGAAAUAAUGAUCACUUUUGAAAUGGAAUCAGUUAAAUGUGAAGAGCAACUUAAUAUAUUUAACAUUUUCCUUUUGAUUGUAAUGAACAGUAAUAUGCCAGAAAAAAGUCCUAUACUUUCUCCCUUUAAAGCAUCAAAAAUAACUAUAUCUAGCCUUAAGUAAUAUUGUUUAGACUUGAUUUGAAAAUGAAUGGGUUUUUUUUCAUGGAGAUUUCAUUUUAAUAGAAAUGUUGAAGUAACAGUAUUAUGGACUAGAUUUUCUUCUAUGUGUUCAUUGUGUCUUAUAAAACUAAUGUCAGAGUCUCUACUGAAAAGAAGAGAAGGAAAAUUGUGAUCUAGUGUAACCCAGUCAGAGAACAGUUCUAGUGUAUAACUGCAUCAGUUUCUGGGAGUCCCUAGGCCAGGUGGAGAAGUUGUGUCUCUCCACAUGACUGUGAUUCCCAGAAGUCUAUGCAGGUAUCCAAGAACUUUGCCAGACCUGCAGGCAAGUUGGCUUCAAUUCAGAGCUAUAGUAACUGUCAGGUUGAAGCUUUUUUUUUUUUAAAGAUUUUCCCAUUUCCUUCAUCACAGUUUCUGCAAUAGAUAGACACGUUUUUGUUCUGUAUCUCUCAAAUCGCCAAAUACACCAAAUCCCACCUUAACUAUGACCUAAUCUCAUGGCUCAUUCUUCUCCUGAUCCCUUAUCACCCUACUUGGAUUCCUAAGCUGGCAUUUACCAAAUGUUCUGGAAGAAUGCCACCAAAGGUGGACAAAAGUUAGCUGGCAAAGUUAGAAACGAUUUUCUAACUCCACAGCUUUCCUUCGGGAAAAGUCUCAAAAAAAAAAGGCAAAAAAGGUGUUAUUACCUUCAAUCGAGCUAACACCACAUGUAAUGAAGAUGUAUUGCCACUAUCUGUCUGAACCAGGGAGCAGCAAGUCCUGCUAUUAGAGAGAUGUAAGAGCAGACAGAGUAGUGAACCAAAUUAUAUUUUUAGUUGUCCCAUAAAGCCUUUUCCCCCUCAUACAGAAUUUCAUUUUAUGAUUGUGAAAUUUAGAUAUACCAUCGAAUAUACCAUCAAAGAGGAAGAAUUUAUUUUAAUCUGGCAUAAAACUACUUACACAUUUGAAAUAAUAUGUAUUAACAUGCCACUUGUAUUUAUUUGAAACUUAAAGUUUAUUGUAAUGGGUUG